AGCGGUCCCCGAGCGGGAGCGAGGCUAAUCGAGGCUGCUCGGCCUGAGAGGCCGGGGCCCGCCGCCCAGCAGACUUGUGUUUUCCUGAUCCGGGCUCGGGCAGCCCCUCCUCCGGGACCCUCCCCUCGGGAACCGUCGCCCGCAGCGGUUCCCGGGAUUGCCCCGGAAGCUGUGGGUAGGGUUGCUGGCUUCAAGCCUUCGAGUCAGCCUCCUUAAACUUCGUGACACCUAAGAAAAGGUGGACAAGUCCUAUUUUCCAGAGAAGAUGACGUUUAACAGUUUUGAAGGAUCUAGAACUUUUGUACCUGCAGACACCAAUAAGGAUGAAGAAUUUGUAGAGGAGUUUAGUAGAUUAAAAACAUUUGCUAACUUCCCAAGUAGCAGUCCUGUUUCAGCAUCAACAUUGGCACGAGCAGGCUUUCUUUACACUGGUGAAGGAGACACCGUGCAGUGUUUCAGUUGUCACGCAGCAGUAGAUAGAUGGCAGUAUGGAGACUCAGCUGUUGGAAGACACAGAAGAAUAUCCCCAAAUUGCAGAUUUAUCAAUGGCUUUUAUUUUGAAAACGGUGCCUCACAGUCUACAAAUCCUGGUAUCCAAAAUGGCCAGUACAAAUCUGAAAACUGUGUGGGAAACAGAAAUCAUUUUGCUCUUGACAGGCCAUCUGAGACUCAUGCAGAUUAUCUCCUGAGAACUGGACAGGUUGUAGAUAUUUCAGACACUGUAUACCCGAGGAACCCUGCCAUGUGUAGUGAAGAAGCCAGAUUGAAGUCAUUUCAGAACUGGCCAGACUAUGCCCAUUUAACCCCCAGAGAGUUAGCUAGUGCUGGGCUCUUCUACACAGGGAUCGAUGAUCAAGUGCAAUGCUUUUGUUGUGGUGGAAAACUGAAAAAUUGGGAACCCUGUGAUCGUGCCUGGUCAGAGCACAGGAGACACUUUCCCAAUUGCUUCUUUGUUUUGGGCCGGAAUGUUCGAAGUGAAUCUGGUGUGAGUUCUGAUAGGAAUUUCCCAAAUUCAACAAAUUCUCCAAGAAAUCCAGCCAUGGCAGAAUAUGAAGCACGGAUCGUUACUUUUGGAACAUGGAUAUACUCAGUUAACAAGGAGCAGCUUGCAAGAGCUGGAUUUUAUGCUUUAGGUGAAGGCGAUAAAGUGAAGUGCUUUCACUGUGGGGGAGGGCUCACGGAUUGGAAGCCAAGUGAAGACCCUUGGGAACAGCAUGCUAAGUGGUAUCCAGGGUGUAAAUAUCUAUUGGAUGAGAAGGGGCAAGAAUAUAUAAAUAAUAUUCAUUUAACCCAUUCACUUGGGGAAUCUUUGGUAAGAACUGCUGAAAAAAUGCCAUCACUAACUAAAAAAAUCGAUGAUACCAUCUUCCAGAAUCCUAUGGUGCAAGAAGCUAUACGGAUGGGAUUUAGCUUCAAGGACAUUAAGAAAACAAUGGAAGAAAAAAUCCAAACAUCUGGGAGUAGCUAUCUGUCACUUGAGGUUCUAAUUGCAGAUCUUGUGAGUGCUCAGAAAGAUAAUACGCAGGAAGAGUCAAGUCAAACUUCAUUGCAGAAAGACAUUAGUACUGAAGAGCAGCUAAGACGUCUACAAGAGGAGAAGCUUUGCAAGAUCUGUAUGGAUAGAAAUAUUGCUAUAGUUUUUGUUCCUUGUGGACAUCUGGUCACUUGUAAACAGUGUGCUGAGGCAGUUGACAAAUGCCCCAUGUGCUACACAGUCAUUACAUUCAAGCAAAAAAUUUUUAUGUCUUAAUCCAGCACCACAGUAGGCAUGUUAUGUUCUUACUCUAAUUGAAUGUGGGAUGUGAGCGAACUUUAAGUAAUCAGCAUUGCAUUCCAUUAGCUUCUGUUCCCAAAUGGAAACAAAUGUUACCAGCACUGUUUCGGUCUAAAGGGUGGAUUUCUGCAUCAUUUAUCCAGUGUUUUACUCACUUGAAACCUUAGACAAAGAAGUAUUUUAUAACUUUUCACAUGUAUAUUUGUUGUACACUGAUUUGAUUUCUAUGUAUAAGUGAAUUAAUCACCUGCAGUUUUCAUUCCUUUAGCAUAAGCUUAACAAAUGGAGUGCUCUGUGUAUGCAGGGAGAUUUGAUUUAAUCUGCCCAAUCACUUUUAAUUUGCUUAGUGUAAACAGAGAAAGAGCUGUUCCACACUGGUGGGAGGAUAAACAUUGUUUUUAGAUGUUUGUUUCUGUGUUUUAGGAUUCUUCCCAUUUACUUGGAAUUUAUUGGAAUUAUAAAUGUACUUACAUGAAUAUUUUUAAGUGAUUUUGCCAUCUCCUAAAAGAUAUUUAAUGGUAGACUACCAUCUAACCAGCAUGUACUGACAUGGAAAGGCAACACAGAUAUAGUAAGUGUAAAAUAAAAGUGGCAAAACACUAUAUCUAGUUAGAGCCAAAUCAAUGUGUGUGUAUUUUGUAUCUGUACAGGAGAAAAAGAUUUGGGAAGAUAAGUAUCACUCUUAAAUGUAUUUUUUCUUCUGGGGGGAUGGGGGAUGGGUCUUAGAGGGGCUUAUAGAGCCUUUCACUUUUUCAUUUUUUUCUGUUUGAAGGUUUUAUAAGUAUGUAUUACUUUUAUAAUCAGAAUUCUUAGUAAAUAUUUUGCUGAUUUAAAGGCUUAGGCAUGUUCAAACGUCUGCAAAACUACUUAUCGCUCAGUUUUAGUUUUUCUAAUCCAGGAAGCAGGCCAGUUAACUUUUCUGGUGCCAAUGUGAAAUUUGAAUGUUUUUGUUUUACCUGCUUUGUGGAUGAAAAAUAUUUCUGAGUGGUAGUUUUCUGACAGGUAGAUCAUGUCUUUUUAUCUUGUUUCAAAAUAUUUCUGAUUUUGUAAAAUGAAAUAUAAAGUAUGUCUCAGAUCUUCCAAUUAAUUAGUAAGGAUUCAUCCUUAAUCCUUGCUAGUUUAAGCCUGCCUAAGUCACUUUACUAAAAGAUCUUUGUUAACCCAGUAUUUUAACCAUCUGUCUGCUUCCAUAGUUAAACGUAGAAGCGUGUUUGUAUACAGCUUGUAGUUUUAGUGUCAGCUCUCUGUUUUGAGAUUCUCAAUGUCGUUUUGUGUCCUAAAAGUUUCAUGUAGUUUUUGCUGUUAGGAUGAUUAAGAUGUAUAUAGUACAGAGUGUUCAGUCUUUGAUUUUUUUAAUGUUUGUUUGUUUUCUUGACUAGUAAUGGUAGUAGAUACUUUAAAAAUAUUUUCUCAAGAUCCUUAAAACCUUGGAAAUUUUAACAUACUGACAAGAGUAGUUUAAAUAUUUUAACAACUUAUAUAAGUCAAUAUGAAUACAAUCAAAAGCUAAAAUGCUUCAUAGAACAUGGGAUUUACCUUAAGUAAUUAUCAUGAUAGACCUCUUGUAAUGAAUGGUCUGUUUUACUACAGAGAACAGUUUGGGAACGAAACUGUUACAAUUUAGACUUUUUGUUGUAUUUUCUAAGAGAAAGAGUAUUGUUAGGUUCUCCUAACCUCUGUUGACUACUAUGGUAAGUGAUAUUAUUUUAAUUGCAAAUUUAAAUAGAAACCAACAGAAUUAAGUAACUGACUGCUCCUUUUUCUCUUUGUUGUUGUUUUUUUUUUU